GGUAGCCCAAACCUGUCGGGCCGGUUUCGAGAGCGGCGGGACCGAGUCUAGUGAAGGAUGCAUGGCCUGCCCCGUGCGCUGCCCGCACUCACGGCCGCCUGAGCCCGGACCCGCCCUGCCCGCAGCCCACCGGCCGACCCCAUGGUGCGCGCGCCGGGCCUCCUGGCGCCCCUGCUGGGCCUGGGCCUGGGGCUGGCCCUGAGCCUGCCGGGGGCGGGCGCGGCCGCCGCGGACUGCGGGGCCCUGGGCCGGGUGGAGCGCCUGGCGUUUACCCCGGCGGCCAGGGCCCGGUGGCUGGCCCCUCGUGUCCGCGCGCCGGGGCCCCUGGACUCCCUCUACAGCACCGUGCGCCGCUUCCUCUCUGUGGUGCAGCUCAACCCCUUCCCGGCCGAGUUGGUAAAGGUCCUGCUGAACAAGCCGUCCUCUGUGAACGUGGAUGAGGUGGUGCGGUAUGAGGCAGGCUACAUGGUGUGUGCUGUGAUCGCCAGCCUCUACCUCGUGGUGGUGCCCAUCGUAGGGCUCUGCUUCUGUUGCUGCCGUUGCCGCCGGCGCUGUGGGGGCCGAGUGAAGAUGGAGCACAAAGCAAUGGCCUGUGAGCGAGGCACCCUCAUGGCCUUCCUGCUGCUGACCACCCUCGUGCUGCUGAUCGGUAUGGUCAUUGCCUUUGUGACCAACCAGCGCAUGCAUGAACACAUGGGCCCCAGUGCCGAGGCUGUGUCUGAGACUCUGCUUAGCCUCCGGGGUCUGGUCUCCGAUGUCCCCCUGGAGCUGCAGGCCAUGGCACAGCAGUUUUCCCUUCCUCAGGAGCAAGUCUUGGAGGAAUUGGAUGGUGUCGGCAGGAGCAUUGGGAACACGAUCCACACCCAGCUCAAGAGCACAGUGUAUGAGAUGCUGGCCUCAGUGCUCAGCCUGGGCCAGGCCCUGCAGGUCUCCGUGGACCACCUCCGAGCCCUGAACGCCACCUCCGUGGAGCUGCGGGAGGGGCAGCGGACCCUGGGGCCAGCUGUCCGGGGCCACCGGGAACGUCUCCUGGCCCUGCUGCGGGAGCCCAGCUGCCAGGGCUGCGCAGAGGCCCUGAACAGAGCCCGUGCUCUGGAGCUGGGAGCCGACUUCAGCCAGGUGCCCUCAGUAGAUGAUGUCCUGCAUCGGCUGAAAGGUGUUCCAGAGGCCAACUUCUCCAGCAUGGUCCAAGAGGAGAACAGCACCUUCAAUGCCCUUCCGCUCCUGGCAGCCUUGCAGAUGGCUGAUGUGGUAACAGAGCUGAAGAAAGUGGUGGCCCAGCAGCCUGCAGGGCUGAGGACCCUGGUGGAAGCGUUCCCAGGCUGGGAGGCGGCUUCUCGCUGGAGCCGGGCACUGGAGGAGGUGGAGCAGAGCAGCCGCCCCUACCUGAAGCGGGUGCAGAGAUACGAGAAGUACAGGUGGAUCGUGGGCUGCGUGCUGUGCUCCAUGGUCCUGCUUGUGGUGGUCUGUAACCUGCUGGGCCUCAACCUGGGCAUCUGGGGGCUCUCUGCCAGGGAGGACCCCAGCCACUCAGAAGCCAAGGGCGAGGCCGGAGCCCGUUUCCUCAUGGUGGGUGUGGGCUUCAGCUUCCUCUUCUCCGUGCCCCUCAUCCUUCUUGUCUUCGUCACCUUUCUGGUGGGCGGCAAUGUGCAGACGCUGGUGUGCCGGAGCUGGGAGAGCGGGGAGCUCUACGAGUUUGCAGACACCCCAGGGAACUUGCCCUCAUCCAUGAACUUGUCCCAGCUUCUCGGCCUGAAGAAGAACAUCAGCAUCCUCCUGGCCUAUCAGCAGUGCAAACAAGGGGCUGCACUCUGGAAGGUCCUGCAGCUCAACGACUCCUAUGACUUGGAGAAGCAUCUGGAUAUCAGCCAGUACACGGCCAAGCUGCAGCAGGAAUUGCAGAAACUCAAAGUGGAAGUGAAGACUCUGGAGCUGCUGAGCCCAGCUGCCCGCCAGGACCUGCAGGCCCUGCAGAGCAGCGGGCUCAAGAACAUUCACUACUCCAGCUUCCUUGUCGAGAUCCAGAAGCCUGUGGUGAACACCAGCGUGGAGAAGCUGGCCCAGGAGCUGGAAGGACUGUCCCAGACCCAAGGCAGUUCUCUGCUGGGGCAGCAGCUGCAGAAGGAGGCCCAAGGGCUCAGAAACCUCCAUCAGGAGAAGGUCCUCCCCCAGCAGAGCCUCUUGGCUAAGCUCAACCUCAGUGUCCAGGCCCUGGCGUCCUCUGCCCCACAUCUCCAGCUGGAGACCUCAGGUGUCCUGGACAAUGUCACUCACCUGGAAGGAGAGCUGCCAGCCUGGGCCAUCCGUAUCCUGAGGAAUGAAAGUGAGUGUUUCCUGACCCGGGAGAUGGGCUACUUCUCCCAGUACAUGGCCUGGGUGAGAGAGGAGGUGACCCAGCGCAUCGCCACCUGCCAGCCCCUCUCUGGAGCCCUGGACAACGGCCGUGUGAUUCUGUGUGACAUGGUGGCUGACCCCUGGAACGCCUUCUGGUUCUGCCUGGCCUGGUGCACUUUCUUCCUGAUACCCAGCAUUGUCUUUGCUGUCAAGACCUCAAAGUAUUUCCGGCCCAUCCGGAAACGCCUCAGCUCCACCAGCUCUGAGGAGACACAGCUCUUCCACAUCCCCCGGGUCACCUCCCUGAAGCUGUAGGACCCCCGUGAUCUUAAUCCAGAACUGGGAGACUUGUCAGUUGCAAGGUGAUGCCCGGGGCUGCCUUGGCCUGGACCAGAGGACUUCUGUCGCUCUUGCUGCCCAAGCCCAGGCCAGCAUCCAGGCCUGGAUUGUCCCCCGAUUCCCGUUACCUGACCCCAUCUUGCUGUUCCCUUGGCACCUCUUUCUGCUUGAGACUCUUUCAUUCAUUCUCACAAACAUACUUUACGUCAGUAGAGGCUCAGAGCCAACAGGUUCUUCCAGGUGUCUCUCCCUUAUCCUCCUUAUGCAGUAUGUCAGUGCCAGGAUGAGCCUUUUCUCUGCUGGUGGAUCCCCCUCCUCAGCCCCUUGAGUGGGACAAGGCCCUGCCCACCCUUACUCUGUCCCUCUGUCGCUCCCCCACUUCCUCUCCAAGCUCCCUGCCCCCUUUCCUCCUCUGGCCCCUCUCUGGCCCGUCUUCUCUCUGUUGCCUUCCAAGCUUUUACAUCCCCCCCAAAGCCCUUUUCCCCCUUUGUCACCUCUUUACCUUAUCUUGCUACCUGCUGGCCCCCAGGCACCCCUCCUGCCCAACCACAUUAAUCAGGUAGAGCCAGCAAGCAGGCCAGGGGCCAUGGUGACCUGGGCCUGGGCCGGCUGCAGACUCUCCUUCACGGCCCCUGAGCCCAGCAUUGCUCAGGGACCGGGGCCCUCCAUGGGGGCUGGCCUGAAUUUCUGGCCCCAGUGUGGGCGGUGAGGGAGGCCUGUACCUUGGCCUGCAAAUCACGUUGCUGUCUGUCCCUUGGCUCCUCUCUGAGCACAGGCUCCCUAGGAAGCAACCUGGAACGUGGGCUGGAGCCGGAGCUCCCCUCUGGCUCCCUAGAAGGAGGCCUUUUCGAAAGCCCCCACCCAGCUUUCCCGGGAGAGAUCUGGUGGCCACAGCAGAAUUUUGUACUGUGUCCCUUCUAUCCUGUGCACAUGGUCUACUGCUGUCCCCAGUCCAUCCCUGUGCCCUCCCUGCGUGCUGGACCCUGAGUUCCAGAAAUGGGAAAGAGGAGAAGAGAGAGGAGGAGAUGGAUAGGACCUGGGAUCCAUUAAAGUGUUCUCACUUGGCUAA